GCAUGACUCCACAACUUUUAAAUCAGAGCCGGCCAUACUCUACGAGUCUUCGUCUUCGUCUUCGUCUUCAUCUUCAUCUUCAUUCCUCUCAUUCUCUCUCGAGUUAAACCUAGAGUUGAACUCAUGGAUCCUCAGCCUGAGCCAGUCAGCUACAUCUGUGGCGAUUGUGGCAUGGAGAACACUUUGAAGCCCGGAGAUGUCAUUCAGUGUCGAGAGUGCGGUUACCGUAUUCUCUACAAGAAACGCACUCGCCGAAUCUUGGAGAAACUAUCAAAUUUGGGCAUUUCGUCGGCGAAUCUUGCACCUGCACGGUCAAUUUUAUUGCUUUUAGAAAUUGUUGGGGCUAAUUUUGAUCUGUAUCAUGAGUAAUCACUUACCCAUCUGCUAGACAGUGAUUAAACUUUUUGCUCUUUGUAUUAUGUUUUGGGAUUUGUUUCCUCAGAAGCCUCUAAGAAUUGUUACUGUUAGUGUUCACUGAUUCAAUGGUUAACUCAUUAGUUUGGUUCACUUUUCUCCAUGGACUCCAAAGACUUUGCUUGGAUGAGCUUAGUGGGUGAAAAGCAUUUAUGCCUUCCCAACAAGUUGCUAAUGAGUAUACAAACCAUUGGAGCAAUUUACCUCAAGUUAACUAGCUUUAAAGUACAA